GGCGUAUCCCGGGCCCUCGCUGCAGCUUGGGGGACGUAGGGAAAGAGAGCGACUGAAAGGAAUAACCAUGGAGGACAGCUUCAGAUUUGCUUCAGCUGGUGAUGAUAUUAAAAUAUGGGACUCUUCAUCCAUGACAGUGGUAGAGCAAUUCAAUCCCCACAGCACAUCACAUCCUGUAUCUUCAUUGUGUUGGAGCAGAAACAAUCUCUUCCUGGCCAGUGCUUCUGGCAGUGGUGAUAAAAUAGUCUUUUCAAGCUGUAAGUCUAAACCAGUUCCUCUCUUGGAGCUGGCAGAGGGGAAAAAGCAAACUUGCGUAAAUCUGAACUCAAACUCACAAUAUGUAGUCAGUGGAGGUCAUGAUAAUACAGUUAACAUUUGGGAUUUAAAAUCUAAAAGACUUCAUCGAUCCCUUUAGGAUCACAAAGAUGAAGUAACGUGUGUUACAUUUAAUAAUAAUGACAGCUACAUUGCCUCUGGUUCCAUGAGUGGAGAAAUUAUAUUGCAUAAUGUUACUACCAACCUGUCCAGCACACCUUUCGGUCAUGGAAGCAGCCAGCCCAUUCGCCAUUUGAAAUAUUCCUUUGUGAAGAAGUGUUUGCUUGGUGCUGUGUCUGACAGUGGCAGUGUGACCUUGUGGGAUGCCAACAGCCAGAGUCCAUACCAUAUGUUUGAGAGUGCUCACAAAGCUCCAGCAUCGGGCAUUUGUUUCUCACCAAUGAACGAUCUUCUUUUUGUCACAAUUGGGCUAGAUAAAAGAAUUAUCUGUUAUGACGUGUCCAGAAAAAUCCUUCUUCAAACAGUGGUAGUUGAAUCACCUUUGACUGCUGUAGACUUUAUGCCAGAUGGAGCUACACUGGCAGUCGGCUCUUCCCGUGGGAAAAUUUACCUUUACGACUUAAGAAUGUUACACUCGCCAAUUAAUUCGAUUUCAGCAAAUAAACACGCAUUGAAGUGUUUGGUGUUCAUGCUUAUUAAUGUGUACUUGAACUCAGAAGGUGUAUCUAGCAAGUCAAGUAAAUCAUCUAUGUCUGUCAACAAGAAAGCAACCUCUCUUGCUGGAGGAACACAUUUAGUUAAAGAUCUAACAUCUACAGCCUUACCUGCCCAGACACAGCCAGCCACAAUAGUAGAAAGUAGGGUCCAGGAGCUUGAUGACAAAUCCGGUAUGCCACGUAGCACAAGUCUUGACGUUAUACCAUCAAAAGAAACAGAUUUUUCUAAAGCUGCAGAUUUCAAAUCUAUAGAUUCCUUUGGACGAAGUAGUUUAGGUGAUAUAUUCUCUCCCGUUCGUGAAGAUAUAUCACACUUGAAAGGCAUGGAUGAGCUCACUUCUAAAGGAAAUGAUCUUGAUUACUUGCCUCAGUUAAAUUCAAUGCCUGCCACAAGGCGUCAUCCUGUUGGUGCCACUUCACAAGGAAUGCAUUCCUCUCCAUUGCACUUCAUUAUUGGAAGCCCAAUUAAAGAAGAAGAUGAAACCCAAGAUGUAGAGCUUAAAGCGAGAAGACCGUAUAUUAAAAAGCAAGAUCUGAGAGAGAAUAUUAAACAGCCUGCAAAAUCAUCAAGCACUGAGCAGAUGAAUUUAAAUAUGUCAACUGUGCAUGUAUCACGGACUCCAGAACCAAUUGAAAGGACAGGAAAUCAUAUUCCAUCCCAAAUAAACCAAGAUGUUCCUCCUUAUAUUACAAAAGCAGCAAGCCCAAAGUUAUGUACAUCAAUCAGCUCAGACAUUGCUUCCUCAUUGUCAGAAAAAAUCGCAGAUUCAUUGGCUAGUGACAAAAGUGGAACCCCUUUAACAUCUGUUCAGAUCAAUUUCAUAAGAAGUAUGAUAGAGGAAACUCUUGAAGAAUUACGAGAAGCCUCUCAUAGAGACAUUGUCAAUUUACAAGUAGAGAUGAUUAAACAAUUUCACUUGCAGUCGACUGAAAUACAAAUGCUUCUUGAACGAUACUCUAUAAACGAAAACUUAGUUGCGGAGAUAGAAAGGCUACGUGAAGAGAAUAAAAGGUUACGUUCUAACUUUUAAAAACAAAAUCAAAAGCCUUUGUGGACAUGACGAGACAAAAAUGAGACUUUCCUCAGCUGUGCUAAGUAUUGAUAAAACUUCAAGCAGAAUUAAUUUGUGAUGGCAAAGCAGUUUUCGCUGGCAACAAGUGUUUACGAUCCUCGGAGGAGUUGUGUUGAUAGAAUUGUCAAGAAAAAGCAAAUAUUGUCACUGUGUAUAAGAUGUA